AUGGAGGCCGGGAACGACGGCCCGACGACGCCGGUGUUGCUCAACGUAUACGACCUCACGCCCGUCAACGAUUACCUCUACUGGCUCGGCUUCGGCGUCUUCCACUCCGGAAUCGAAGUUCAUGGCAUGGAAUAUGGAUUUGGAGCACAUGAUUUCUCAUCCAGCGGUGUAUUUGAGGUGGAAUCGAAAUGUUGCCCUGGAUUUGUCUAUAGAAAGACGGUGUCGCUAGGCACAACUGACAUGUCUCGGGAAGAUUUCCGCUCGUUCAUUGAAAGACUUGCAGGGAAGUAUCAUGGCAAUACAUAUAAUUUGAUUGCGAAGAACUGCAAUCAUUUCACAGAUGAUGUCUGUAGGAACUUGACUGGAAAACCCAUCCCUGGCUGGGUGAAUAGGUUGGCCAGAGUAGGCUCAGUUUUUGACUGCCUACUACCAGAAAGUGUCCAAGUUUCUCCUGUUGGACGUGUCCCAACUCUUCGUCCAGUUAUUGAUGAUGAUUUGGAUUCGGUAUCUUCUUCGAACAGCGAUGAGGGUGAUGAGGACAAGCACCUGUUGGAAGCACCAUCCACUGACUUGCAACCUGUAGAAGUGCCAUUAAAGCUAGCCAAAGAUCUUCUUUGA